AUGGCGACUACACAGCGUAUGCCAGCUAAGGCUCACAGCACCGACGAUGUACACACCCGGCCUAAAAGCAUCCUCAAGAACUCUCGCUCCUUUCAAAACGUGCCUGUCACUGAAUCGAUCAGCCCUCCCCGCGCUAUUCCGCCUAUUCCGGAGACUGCCGACACAAAGGAACUUACUCUCCAAAACACUCUGGUGAAUGCCGGCCCUAGACGUCGCUCCUCGUCUAAUACCCAGGCCGGUAGCUUGGACCGCCGACACUCUUCUACAAGUGACCACGACGAGAACUCUCCCCGCCUGAAGUGGGACGAAGCCAACCUCUAUCUAACUGAGCAAGAGCGGACCGCAAAAAUGAAGAUUGACGAGCCGAAGACUCCUUAUGCCCCGCACUACGACCCGGCCGAAGAUGAAGACGAGAUGCACCUCGAAGAAGCUAAGGAGAGCUUGAUCGAUGCGCAGGAUAUCAUGGUUGACGAACUCGAUCAUCCAAAGGCCCCUCACAAGAAGGGUGUCUCGGAGGAUGACAUUCCCGAUUUCGAGCUCGGUGAAUCGGAAGCGGCUCAACAGGCAGUCACUGGCUUUUCCGAAGAUCCACGCAUCUACCGUCAACGCAGCAUGAGCAAUGAGUCUCAGAAGGGUGAGAAACAUGUUCAUGUUGGCGGCGACGCCAACGGUGAGGACGGCGACGAUGGUCUGUUGUCCACGGAAGAGGCGAGGGAAAAGCACCGUAUAUUUGAGAAGCAACGCAAGCAACACUAUGAGAUGAGUAACAUUAAAGACUUACUUGCUCACCCCGAGACUUUGGAUGAGAUGGAAGAAGAUGAAGACGAGGCCGAACCCGGUCCUCCUCCCGCUGUUCCUCAGAUCCCUCAGCAGUUCCGCGCCGGAGGACAAUAG